UUCCAGCUAUCCCAGUAGCUCCGGCGGCGGCAGUCGUCCCGGCGGCGCCAGUCAGCAAGCCCAUGGGGCUGAUAGCCAGAGCCAUGGCCUCGCUCCAGCAGAUGCACCGGACCGGGCCCCACAUCAAGACCAGGAAGUCUAGGAACCCCCUCAAUGGAAACCCUUUUGCUAAGGGUGUAGUCCUAAAGACGGUGAUCAAGAAGCCGAAGAAGCCGAACUCUGCGAACCGCAAGUGCGUGCUGGUGCGGCUCUCCAACGGCAAGGAGAUGGUGGCCUACGUGCCCGGCAUCGGGCACAACCUGCAGGAACACAACAUCGUGCUCGUCAGGGUCGGCAGACUAAAGGACUGUCCCGGUGUGAAGCUGAAGUGUGUGCGCGGCAAGUACGACCUGCCGCACGUCAUCAAGCAGAAAGUGUAGUGUUGUCUAGUUCUAGUACCUUAGUCCAAUUAUAUACUUGAUAGUUUAAGAUA